AUGCUUCUCCCCUGCUUUGCUACAAGACUCGAGUGGUUGUCGAGUGGUUGUGUAGAUGAAGGCGAAACGGUAGACAAUCUGAGGCGGGACUCGGGACCAUCAAGAGCGGCCCUUGAUGCCGCUCUGCUUCGCCGCGUUCUAACUGUUGGGACGUUGUACCUCCUGCUCACACCGGUACACUGCCAAACGGACCCUGCUGCCGCCACGCCUCCGGCUGUCGGCGACCAGAACCAAACGGCGUCAGCCACUGGCACGACCCCAUCUCCAGUCCUCUCUUCUUCCACGCAGCCCGCCCCGUCUUCCACCAAUGCCACGCUGCAACUAGGAACACGUGACGGCAACGCCACGUCCAUUCCGCCAACGCCCCCAACGUCCGAUUCUAACUCAACAGCGCCAAACACCACAGCCAAAAUGGAGAUGACCUAUUUGGUCCGUCGCCCCACCACCCAAGCCCCGACAGAUGCGCCUCACACCCCGUCCGAGAAUCCGAUCGAUGAACCGGAGAGCCAGCUGGUGAAUGCAUCUACAUUUGAGGUGAUCGUGAAACAUCUAGCGGAUUCUGAGGGUUAUAACUACAGCGACCCAGUUCAACAGUGCGAUAUCCGCAAAUUUCUAGAGCCCAUUUACCUUGAUAAUGAAGCAGACAAUGGAGGUACGUUCUGUCCGAGUUACUACGACGAGAUUGUGUGUUGGGUUGCUAGUCCACCAGGUCUGGUUGAGAGGCAAUGUCCAGAGUUCUUCAACGGAAUCAUCUACAACACCAAUGACACUGUCACUAGAUUGUGCAUGUUCAAUGGCUCGUGGGGAAAUGACAACAAAUCGGACUACACUGAUUGCAAACCGUUGGUAGAUAUUAACCCCUUUAAUCCACAUGAGAGAGCCGCGGACAUUUUGAUUUACACGGGUUACAGCCUGUCUUUCACCACUCUACUGGGGGCGUUUGUUAUCCUUGUCUAUUUCAAGAGCUUACGAUGUGUGAGGAACUACAUUCAUCUUAACCUCGUGACCAGCUUUCUCCUUCUCUAUCUCAUCUUUUUUCUCAUGAUCAUCAUAAGCACUUUCUCUGAAGUGGCCGAAGAAGCAUGGUACUGCCGUCUGCAGGCGACAGCUCUUUUCUAUAUCAAUCUGACCAGCUUCUUUUGGAUGUUCGUAGAGGGCCUGUACCUCCAUACCAUGGUGGUGCGAGCCCUCGCCGUUCGGAGAGAGAAAUUUUGGGUGUAUUGCCUCAUAGGCUGGGGAUUACCGGUCAUCUUUUCAGUGGCCUAUGCUAUUACCGUAACAGUACUGGCUACCGGCACGAAAAAUGAUUGUCUUCAGAACAGCAAUGCGGAAUAUAUCAUUCGAGUGCCUAUCAUAGCCGUUAUCCUGGUCAACGUGUGCUUCAUGGUCCAUAUUAUGAUCAUUCUUGUCACUAAACUGAGGGCGUCACAUUCCUUCGAAACGCAACAAUACAGGAAGGGUGUCCGGGGGAUCGUGGUCCUGCUGCCUUUACUCGGGGCGUCCUACUUCAUGCUGCUUCUAGAGCCGAGCCCAGAGAAACCCAACGCCUCCACCUACGUCUACCGCUACCUAAACGCAUUCCUCCAGUCAACCCAAGGCUUCUUUGUCGCGAUCAUCUAUGUUUAUAUGAAUCAGGAGGUACAAAAUGUUAUAAAGAGACUGCUGAGGAGAUGGCAAGAACAAAACACGCUACCCUCAGGGCGUCACAUCUCAAGGAUAGGUUCACACUCGCGACAGAACAGUCUUGCGAACAACCUCUCUCACUUUAGAAGAGGUUCCAAUGAGGAUACAUGCGCUACCUUAAAGACAAGCCUCUCCCCCAAAACCGAUGGAGGGGACCACGUGGGCAACGGGAAACUCCCAAGUUACGUCAGCUCGGGAAGACAAGAAGAGCUGGUUCCCUUGCAACCCGUCCUGGAGGGCAGCAACGAGAAGCUACCAGAUUGGCCCGCCUCGGAUUCCCCGGCGACUAUUCUUGACAAGGAGACAACGGCACUUACGACAGACGAGGUGCUACCAGAAAAGAACGACAACGGAGUCGAGCAGGAAAAUGACAGGGCGGAGGAAGAAGAAGAGGAGAUGGAAUUUCGAAGCGAUGAUAAUUCUAUGAACGAUGAUCAUCCGGUUGGAGUGGGGUCGGAUGAAGCGCUGAUCGUCCACGGCAACACACCUGUCAUGGAACAGAAUCUGUUUCUGCAAGACAAACUUGCUCGUGAAAACAAUAACCUCCAGCGAAAUGGCGGCACCAAGGUGAAUAGUUCCGAUGAAAACUUACUGGCAGGACAAGUUGGUGCAUUGAACGCUAGCAAAGAGAAAAUGUCAGGCGGUGGUGACCAACCUUUCGGGAGUGUGCCUUCUGAAGGCAACCAGAACAACAGCAACAACACGCAGCUUCCAUGUAUACUAAAAACCCCGAGCGAGAGGCAUUGUUCCGGUGGUAAGAAACACGUUGCCUUUGUGUGUCCAGAUAUCACAGGGGAUGUUCAGCCCCACCCUCAACAGUUCUUUGAGGACUCCGAGUUUGACUCGUCUUUCAUAGCGAACCAAUCGCUUGGACUCUCGCCGGAGCCUGCUUCCACGUGCAGUACCAUCGCGUCAGACCCGUGGACGAGGGAAGGUGAUAAGUCAAAAUGGAGCCCAAAGAUUCUGUUUAAACGACCAAAGUGCUACGGAAGCCCCGCCUCACAGAGGUUGGUACGUCCCUCCUCUAGCGACCAAGGCCGCAAUGGUCGGAUCAAGCUUCCCAAAUCGCCCGCUGGGACUCCCGUAUGACUAGCUCCGCAAAUGGACGGUUACAAUGAAUUAAGCCGCGACUUUAUUUGAUGACAUAUUGACCAUCUUUUCAAGGGCAUGAUUUUUUUCUGCAACAUGAACCAAUGAGAUGCACCAAGUCUGUACUCAAGUGAACAUCCUGUCAACUGCCCUAUUGACCGCGAAGGAUGUGGACGAAGGAUGUGGACGCGUACAAACGUGAAUACAAUUUGAUAUGAUAGUUCACCCAGCGGAUAGACAAAGGGCGGAAAGGGAAAUUGGCUGAUGGCACCAAUAUGAACCUGCAUGACCUGACUGCAAACUUGUGCUUUCACAAUAGGUUAAAGACGGUGUGUAUGAUCGGCCGAACGCCCUGCCUAAACGAUGGUCAUGUGAAUCAUAGCCGAGUGCCUCCGAGUAUUUCAUUGAUAUUUGUACAAACCGUUAGCAGUUCCAAUUUGCAACAUCUUAUUGUUUUCGACCGAGGCCAGGAGCCUAGUCGUGGGUGCUUCUGUAAUGUUGCCUUUACAUACCCAGCAACGUACCUCAACUCUAGGCUCGCACUAGGAAUGAUCGUAGCGGGAAAAUGGAGCUCGCGCUUGCAACCAGUCACUUCUUCGCAAUGUGAACCGCCCGUUGUUGUUCUGCCCAAGUUAUGUAGAGGAUUCUGUUCAAAAGCAACCAUAGUGGAGUUGUCAGCGUAUUUCCAACCAGCUAUUAUGUGCAAAGUUAGCAUACAAGGAGUUCUUGUAACGUUGUGUUUAAUGUAUUGACGUGUAUCGUUUUGCUGAAUGUAAACAAGAGAAACAUUUCAUCCAUAAACCAUAGAUAUCCUUACGAUGUAUUGUAAAUAGUUUAAAUGCACGGUUAACAGGGGCUCUAUGGCAUAUUACUUUUAUUUUGUAAAUUCGACAAAAAUAUUCAAAUAGUCCUAUUUAGAGUAAAGAUGUUGCUGUAUAUAAUAAGGAAACUGACUAAGUUUGGCAGAACAAAACAUGUUAGAGUAUCUAAAUACGUGAGAUAUAAAAUACAAUGCUUAAUGUGGAUCAGAUUUUCCCAUUCGACCCAGGUGAAUUAAGUUGGUAACUGGCAAAGCUAGUGUUUUAACAAUUUACAGUGCCCUUUGGAAGAACAGUAUCCAAUACUGACGUGGCCACCAUGGGUAAAUAAGAUCACACAUUUAGAAUAAUUGUUGUAUUAUUUCAUCAUAAUGCUGAAUAUUAUUUAUGCUUAGGAAAAAUCGGGGCAAAAUGCCCGAUUCAAAUUAUAGCCGAUGUAUAAGACCCCAAAUGAUGUCAGCUACAUAUUCCAAUUUAAAGCGGCCUGUACCUGCAUUAGGUAUAACAAAUACAAACUAAAGACGAUGGAUAAACAAUUUAACAGGUAAACUGAUUGUUGUAAAGACAACUUUGACACUUGGGAAUAAAUUGUUAUAUAUUUUCGGUGAUUUUU